UUUCCCGGGGAAGCUGAGCCUGGAGAGUGAAACCGGAAAGGGAAGCGACGGACCGGUGGAGGCGGCCAACCAGGAGCGAGGAUGGAGACCGCGGGGCGGGACCAGAACGGGGCUGACUGGGCCUGCGGAGCCAAAACCGGUAGAGGCGGCUGCGACCCUGAGGAGCCCGGCGCGGGCGGGGACGGAGGGAGCCACAGAUGCUCAACUCCCCCGCCAACGGUGGCCAUGUUCGCAGGCUGACUCCCAAGACCAGAUGACCUUCAUGUCGAUGGCCACAGUGGUGGCGGUGGCAGAGCCGAAAUGGGUCUCCCCGGUGUGGGGCCGCUGGCUGUGGGCGCUGGCCCUGCUGGGCCUGCUGCUGGGGUCCCUGCUGGUGCUCCUGCUCCCCCUGGGGGCCGUGGAGGAGCAGUGCUCCGCGCUAUGGAAAGGCCUCUCCUUGCUGAGGAGCAAGCUGGAGGGAGGACAUCGGGGCAGUAACGGGCAGGGCACUCCCAGCACUGGGCUCAGCGUCACAACGGGGGGGAUCCAUCUGCUGGUGGUCAAACCCAAAGCAUCUGCAGAUGUGAAGCUAGAAGCCCGAGCAGCCUUGAACCAGGCCCUGGAAAUGAAGCGGCAGGGGAAGCGACAGAAGGCCCACAGACUCUUCUUGCAUGCCCUCAAAAUGGACCCUGAUUAUGUGGACGCACUCAAUGAGUUGGGCAUCUUUUCUGAAGAGGAGAAAGACAUUCUGCAGGCUGAUUACUUAUAUACCAAAGCGCUGACCAUCUCCCCCUACAACGAGAAAGCUCUGAUCAAUAGGGACCGGACGUUGCCUCUGGUGGAGGAGAUCGACCAGAGGUACUUCAGCAUCAUUGACAGCAAAGUUAAAAAGGUGAUGUCCAUUCCCAAGGGGAACUCAGCGCUGCGGCGGGUCAUGGAGGAGUCCUACUACCAUCACAUUUACCACACCGUCGCCAUCGAAGGCAACACCCUCACCCUCUCUGAAAUAAGGCACAUCAUCGAGACCCGCUAUGCUGUGCCAGGGAAGAGCCUGGAGGAACAGAAUGAGGUCAUCGGCAUGCACGCGGCCAUGAAAUACAUCAACACCACGCUUGUCUCCAGGAUCGGGUCUGUCACCAUCAGCGACAUGCUAGAGAUUCACAGGCGGGUGCUGGGUUAUGUGGAUCCCGUGGAAGCCGGGAGAUUUAGGACUACGCAGGUGUUUGUGGGUCAUCACAUUCCUCCCCAUCCUCAAGAUGUGGAGAAACAGAUGGAAGAGUUCAUACAGUGGCUGAACUCGGAGGACGCCAUGAAUCUACACCCUGUGGAAUUUGCUGCACUGGCCCAUUACAAACUGGUCUACAUCCACCCCUUUAUCGAUGGUAAUGGUAGGACCUCCCGCCUGCUGAUGAACCUCAUUUUGAUGCAGGCAGGCUACCCUCCCAUUACCAUCCGCAAGGAGCAGAGGUCGGAGUAUUACCACGUGUUGGAAGUCGCCAACGAAGGGGACGUGAGACCUUUCAUCCGUUUCAUUGCCAAGUGUACCGAGACCACCUUAGACAUGCUGCUAAUUGCAACCACAGAACAUGCUGUGGGUUUGCCAGAAGCAAAUCCCAACCAUUCUGGAUGCAAACAGACUAUUCCUGUAAAAACCUAAAUGUUUGUCUUGGAAAGCACAACAGGGAUUAUUUUGGCGAAAUCUCACAGAAGCCUUGAGCGUUCCUCCUGGGAAACGAGUCUUCUCACAAAGAAGACUAGAGAGCUAAGCGUUCUUGACCUCAGAAUGUUUCUAGUUUUAGUUUUUGGGUUUUUUUUUCUUUAAGAAAAUAAGUUAAAUUAAGCUUCGUCUCUAUGAAAAUAAUUUAUAAGCCAACUAAGCCAAAUUAUUUAUUUUGGGUUUGUUUUAAAGCAGGCUAAAAAAAUGCAAGAUGUUGUAGCCAGAUUCUGGCCCGGGCAUUAAGAGCCUCUAGGCUUUUUCCAGGGUAUACAGGGAAGCUGCAUUGUGGGCAUGUGUCCUACGGGUCCCUAUAAAUUUUCUCUGGGUUAAGCAACUAAGUCUCUGGGACAAAAUGUGUACCAAAAGUGUCUGGGAGGAAAGGGGACCAUUCUGCCAAGUCAGGACAGGAUGCAGGGGAGCCGUCUAAGAGUUCAGUGACUUCUGAGGGUACUGCUCUGAGGGUUAUUUUUGCAGAUGGGCAGCUUUCUUUUGGAAGGCACAGGUUUAUCUGCCCAGACUGACUUGGUAACCAACUUCCACCUGGAAAGCAAACUACUGAGAUAAUAAAUUUGGGUCAGUUUUAACAGUGGGACCUUGUAUGCCUCAACUGGCCUUUUUUCAAGAAGCCGCUCUGAGCUGUACUUCCUUCCCUUAAUUUUGGUGCCAGGGAUCAAGUGUUUUUCUACAGUGGGUUAUUUUUGUAAUUGAGACUGGUUCCCUCUCUGUUCUUCCCAGUCCCCCUUCUUGGGAAGAAAACCUCUCUGUUAGGGCAGAAGUUGUUUGGAUACCAGACCACUCCAUCAUCUCGCCAUCAAGCUGUGAACCCAGGACCAUCAGUCUUAAGAAUGUCUUCCCUGACAGGUCACUCCUAAACAUUGUCUGGAAACAGAUUCCCCACAGAUAUGAUGCUGAGAAAAUACACACCUGGAUCUCUGACACAAGAGGUGGAUGGGAUGUAACCAGCAGUAUCACAGUCCUCGAUGGAAGCUUUCACGCCUCUGGGGCAUGAACGUUUGGAACCUUCCUCGCCUUGGCCAGUAUCUUAGCUUUUCUGUGCAAUGUCUUCUCCCGAGCCUUUUUCAUCAUGACUACUCAUGACCAUGCCACCCCAUAAUCACCCCAUUCAUCUUCAGAGAUACCUCAUGCUCAGCGCUGGCAGCGGGCCCUCAAGGAUGGGCCGAGGCCUUCCAAGCUACUUGGAAGGAGACAGACUUUGUUCUAGGCCCCAAGGCCACGUCGAAGGGGGUCCUGCUGCGGUAGCAGAGCAUUUGUCGGCCAGAAGAUAACCAGAGUCCUUUCUGCCCUCGGUGACCUUUCUGCUUUGUCACUAUGACUCCAUCUUAGCAGUGCUGGCACCCAAGUCAAGCUUCUGCCUUUUGAACCACGUAAGCACUGGUACAGACAGACAGAUGGUGGAAGCCAGCACUACUUAACGCCUCUCUUCUAGCUUUCUGAAAGGCUAGUACGGUCCCAGCAGACAAAAUCCAGAGGUUCACAACUCCAGGAUUUUUUGAAGACCACUGCCACAAAUUGUCGAAUUUCUUAAACCCUAACUAUACAGUGGAUUUGGUUCUCGUGAACAGACCCCAAGGUUAGCUGAACCACUAGACAAAAGCACUUGUUUUUGUACUACAAAAUGAAUGAAUUUGCACUUUAGCUCUAUGUGACAGAUGUUACUCUAACAAACUACUUACUUUAAUAAAGUAUUUUAUUAAAUACA